CCCAGAGGGCUUUGCGCCGGGGCGUUGCCGUGGAAGCCGAAGGGUAUAGAAAGGGAAGCUGUAGAGGCGGCCGACCCUAUAUCCACUGCGCCGCAGCUCGCCGAGAUGAUUGUACUUCUGAUUCUCUUCCUUUUCUUCCCCUUCCUCCUGUAUGUGGCUGCGCCCCAAAUCAGGAAAAUGUUGGCCUUUGGGGUGUGCACAUCUACUGUCCAGCUUCCUGGGAAGGUCGCUAUAGUCACUGGAGCUAACACAGGCAUCGGAAAGGAGACGGCAAAAGAGCUGGCUCGAAGAGGAGCCCGUGUAUAUUUAGCUUGCCGGGAUGUGCAAAAAGGGGAGUUAGUAGCCAGAGAGAUCCAAGCCAUAACAGGGAACCAGCAGGUGUUGGUGCGGAAACUGGACCUGGCUGACACUAAGUGUAUUCGAGCCUUUGCUAAGGACUUCUUAGCAGAGGAAAAGCACCUCCACAUUUUGAUCAACAACGCGGGUGUGAUGAUGUGUCCCUACAGUAAGACAGCAGAUGGCUUUGAGAUGCAUAUGGGAGUGAACCACCUGGGUCACUUCCUCCUGACCCAUCUGCUGCUAGAGAAACUGAAGGCAUCAGCCCCAUCAAGGGUAAUAAAUGUGUCCUCCUGGGGACAUCACUUGGGAAGGAUUCACUUCCAUAAUCUGCAAGGCGAGAAAUUCUACCAUUCAGGACUGGCCUACUGUCACAGCAAGUUAGCCAACAUUCUCUUCACCCGGGAACUGGCCAGGAGGCUGCAAGGCUCUGGCAUUACAACCUAUUCUGUCCACCCUGGCUCAGUCAGCUCCGAGUUGAUUCGGCACUCAUCUUUCAUGAGACUCAUGUGGUGGUUGUUCUACUACUUCCUCAAGACUCCUCAGCAGGGAGCCCAGACCAGCCUGUAUUGUGCCUUAGCAGAAGGUCUUGAGGUUCUAAAUGGGAAUCAUUUCAGUGAUUGCCAUGUGACAUGGGUCUCAGCCCAGGCUCGUAAUGAGACAAUAGCAAGGCGGCUAUGGGACGUCAGCUGUGACCUGCUGGGCCUCCCAGUGGAUUGACAGGUGGUGGCAGCUGGACACAAAAGAAGACUGCAGCAACUGAUGCAGUACUACGAGCCAAAAUGGUUCUCCAAGGUGGCCAAAGACAACACAAAGAGCAAAACCUUCCAGCCUUGCCUGAUGGUGUCCAGUUGCGUCCCAGCGUAUACUGCCAGAUUUGCCUCUCAACACCUUGCAUUUGUCCAGACCCACUUUCUUCCUCUACUUCUAGAGUUUCUGUCCAUAUUAUUGAAUAAGAAGACCUCAUAUAAGCUCGCAACUCUUAUUUUCCUUCUGAAAUACUUAUGUGUAGAAUUGAAGCUCUAGCAUGGUUACGUGUGUGAAUGUGGACUACUUUCUAUCCUCUUUUUUUCACAUUUUAGUUCCAACCAAAAAAAAAAAAAAUCUUCAAGACGGGCCAUGUUGCAGCCUCAGCUGAACCCCACAAAAAGAGUGGCCUGUUUUAAGAGCAGGGCGUCGUGGCACCAAUAUCAGAAUUCUUCCGGGAAACUACUGGAUCUGGAUUAUGGCCUGGCCUUAAACCUAGAGCCAUUGCUGCUAAGACAUUUACCCAUGUCUAGACCACAGAAGAGUUACCUUUCUAAGAUAUUGUGGGAUUUGGGAGUGGACAGAAGUAAAAAUCAAGUUAAACUGU